GAACAAUCAAAUGGCGUUGGGAAAACGCAUUCCUAAAGUUUUUCCUAUAAUAAAGUGGCUCGCAACAAAACACUUCCGGAGAGUUCGGAAAUAAACAUUCGAUCGUUUGCCGGUGAGAAAUUCGUAGUAGCUCGUUGUUUUGAUACGAGAAUAAUCGAUUUUAUCACGAUGUAAUUUGGGGAUAUGAAAGAUACAAGUGCUUACUAAACUGUCAUGAAAGAUACCUAACUUUUAAUCGUUUGUUGAGGGUUUUGUAUUGGUUCUAAAUGCUGAAUUCAAGUCGUAUAAAACCUUUCGUCAAAGCGAGCGUUCCAACUCAUAAAAUUUGCAACUAUUUGGGGUAUUCUUUUAUUCUAAAAUGGAAGACAACGGUGAGAUUUUAAGCGCUAGUCACGAAGACGGAUUACAAGCAAGGAGUAAUUCGUUUAACGAGCUUCUUUAUCGACUUGAGCAACAAAACAGGUAAUCUUUUAUAAGUAUAUUGAAACUAUAUCGCAAUAAUCGCAUCAUAUUUAUUAUGUAUGACCAGUGUAAAUAAAUGUAAACAACUAAAUUCCAAGUAGCUAGUAAUAGUAAUAGAAUAUGAAUUUAUUGACUCAUAAUCAUAUAAUAAUUUACAGCGAGUGGGUUUUCCCUCGGUUUGCCCCCAGCAACAAAAAAUGUGGUUUACAUCACAAUUAAUAAACUUUAAUCAAGUUUUAAAAACUUUUGCCAGCAUGUAAUAAAUUAAACAAUUUGUUUCAGCUAUAAAGGACAGGUUAUCAAUAAGACUUUUAUAUGUUUAAUAUUCCUUUAUUUAUAAAUCAGUUCCAAGCUUAAGAGGGGUUAAGAGGUGACUUUUGCCGCACUUCUUUGGGAACAAAAGACAAAGACUCAUUAUAUAUUUAUUGCGAAGGGAAAGCCGAUGUCAAAGUGGCAUAUCCGGGGCAAUAUCAAAUAUAAUUUUUUCGUCUUCGUUCAAAUUCGUUUGCUUUCAAGUGUUUCGGCGAGGGACUUGAAGAAGUAGUUUAUUUUGUUGCAUAAGAAUCCAACUGAGUUUAAAUAUUGUUUUUGAAAGGCGGCAUGUGAUUUUAUCAUUGUUGUUCAUCUGUUGUGUUGAAAUUUGUGUCAAAUAUCGGGGGUAAUCAGGUUACAAUGUUAUCAAAUCUCUGAAGUACGCUAAAAGUUUCCUGUGUGGCUAUUUGGCGAGAGAGCGAAGAGUAAAGAGAAGCGAAUACCAUUUAAAUUGUUCAAAAUUGCUUGGUUUGGGGGUAUGCAACAAUGGUUGUAUGGAAAGAGGUAUUUCUAGUAUUACAGUGAAGUCUAGAGUAUUCUACUAUUCUGACUAUUCCCUUUUAUAUAGUGAGAAACUAUUUAUAAGGAUUAUACAUUCUGAUGUCUGCCAUGUGUGUUUAGUCUAGUUAAAUCCUUCUGUGUUUAGGUUAAUGGUAUGUCUGUUUACUGUGAGUACAAGUGAUUAAUGAAAUAAUUGUGUCCUAAUACUAAUAGUAAACUAAAAUAUAUCAAGAAAAUAUAUGAAAAUUUUUGACCACAAUAGAUCACAUACAAAUGUCUGUUGCAUAUUGAUCCCCCAAAAUAUAAAACCUGAUGAUUGAAUGUGUUAAAGCUAUUCUUGAAACUAUAAACUUGACAAUAAAUACCACAAAUAUUGACUGGCAACAUGCAAUAUAAUGUUUCUGCAUUUGAUCACUGUGAUGUGAUUCUCUUAAAUUACACACUGACUGAUGGCUGUUAAUAUUUUGUCCAAACUAUAUAUGGCUAAUGGUACUAGAACCCCACAGGGUGACUGGGAGUGUCCCCAGUACUAGAGGCCAUAUAUAGCGCGAUACUUGUCCCACACCCAUAUGAUUGAGUUAUGGCACAGUACGUGUGCGUCUUUCACUUCAGGAAUAUGGGUAAAUUUUGACAUGAGAGUCAGCCAUUAGCCAUUUCCAAGCAAAACACUGAUAUGGCUCAGUGUACUGACUGCUCUUGAUGGAUAUAUGGCUGACCAUUCCACCGUAGAAACCCGAACAAAUGCCCCCUCGUUCUCUAAAAAAUAAAACGAAAGGAUGAUGUUUUUUGCAAAUCAAUGUGUAGUCACUAAUGAAUGCUUGAUUAAAUGUGCUGUACUGUACAAGGACAAUCCCAUGGCAAUUGAUUUUAUAAUGUUUUGUAAUAUUUUUUAUGUUUUUUUUUUAAUGCUUUAACACAAUGAUAAACUUAACCCAUUAAGUUGUAGUGCCCUACUCUAUUAUUUUACUCAAACAAUUUUACUCUUGAAGGUGAAAGCAUUGGCACUCAAUGUCCAAUGAGAUAAUCAGAUCAUGUGUCUAUUGAGAGUUGCCUGGAAAUCUGGUUUCUGAGACAUUGAAUGUCAAACUCUCUCUAAAUUGCAACCUUCCCCCCAGAAGGGUUCAAAUAUAGUCACGGUACUGAACUUUUGAAUAAAUAAAGCAAUAUAUGAUAAUGAUCACUAUACUAAGAACAGAUUCAUUUUAGGAGCAGAAAGUAUAGUAGAGUAGGUCUUAAUUUAAGUGUUGAUGUACAUUCUAUAUUAGAAUAUUACACAACUGCCCAGAGAUAACCCAUGACCUUUGGCACAGCAUCUGCUGACUCCAUCAAGAUCAGAAGUUUUUGUGUGCCAGCAUAGUAUGCCUUCACUGGUACUGUGCAAGGGUGGGUAGUAGCAAAGUAGUUGUAGUUUGCUACUACAAUUUUGAAGUAGCCAGUAGUUUUUGACUACUUUUUUAAAACAGUAGUUGUAGCGAACUACAUUUUGCCUAAAAGCAGCCAAAUAGUCGACUACUUUUCAAACAGUGAAUUGCUAUUCGCUACUUUUUAAAAUUGUUAGCAACUGUUCAUAGAAUAGAAUGAUUAUAAGACACGGUUUGCUUAAAAGAUUAUUUUAUACAGUAAAGAUUAUUUUAGCGCAAUGAAAAGUGGCACUCCUGAAGACUGUAGUGCUUAUAAAAAUGUUGCUUUGAGCCUUUUUGUUUACUGUUGCUACUCGUAAGUCGAUUUGUUAUAGGUUAUAUUACAGCCUGAGCUAGUGGAUGCUCCAAAUACCGUAAAACUAAAAAAUAUAGAGUAGCGAAAUAGUGAAAUAGUUCGCUACAUUUUUUAAGCAGUAGUUGUAGUCAGUAGCGAACUACCUUUGUUCAAAAGUAGCAGUAGUUGUAGCUCAACUACCUAUUUUUGAAGCAGCUGUAGUAAAGCGAACUACAAAAAUUUUGUAGUCAACCCACCCUUGGUACUGUGUCUGUUUUAGACCCUUAACCUGCUUCAAUAUUUUUUUAACCCUUUGAGUGCCAGCGUUCUCUCCUUGAUGAGUAAAAUUGUCUAGCGUCCUCCACAGGCCUCUCUAUGGGUUUUAGCCUGCGAAUGGGUUUUGAAAACAAAUUUCCACCCUAAUUUCCUCGGGAGAUGCCGCAGGGGGCUAAAAAUUGUCUGGCAUUAGACAGAGUAAAAUAAUCUGCCAUCAGACAGUGUAAAACAAUAAAGUAGGGUGCAUUGAUUUGAGGCGCACUGGGUUAAAAUAGAGUCACUUUAAGAGUGGCAUGAGAUGUAGCUAAAUUAUAUUUUGGUCACUAGGCGACUUGAGAAUGAUGAUAAAGCGAUGUUGGAAUUAUCGCCUGGAAAGAAUAACAACAACAAUGACACAAAGCUUCCCUCAGAGUCUGCCGAAAGUACAGACUCUGAUAUAUCAUCUGUUGAUGGCCUUGCUGAUGGCCUUGAUACGGCCGAUGACUUUGACUAUGCCUCGUUCCAAGUGUGGGGUGAGAUUAUCAGAGAUUGGGAGGAAAAUAUGAAACGAAGGCCAAAGUUUAUACGGGACUUGACACACAAGGGAAUUCCUGAGAAAAUGAGGUGCAUUAUGUGGCAAUAUUUUACUGGGGCAUGGGAGUCAUCACUUGUUGGCAAAUAUGCUGAUCUUAUCCAGGUGAGUGAUGCUUUAGUACACAAACUGUCAUUUGUGAUAACACAAUGAGAGGCUUCCCUUCCCCUGUGUCAAGAUAGCACAAAGACUGUCAAUGCACCUUUACGGCAAUAUUAACGUCACAAAGAGCCUAGCUUGUUCUCCUUAGGCCUCAUUUACACUAUGAUGAUAACAGCAAAUUUACCGUAGCGUAGUGAUUUGCAUCUGGAGUGCCGAACGUAAGUGGUCCGUAGUUGGGAUGCUAUGGCAAACGACUCUGUUAUAAUGUAAACACAAUAUGGUCUCAAUACUAAGACAGGAGGCAAUUGGUUCAUCAUUAAUAUCGCAUUUACACUAAUAACGCUAUGGCUAACAUUCUGUUAAAAAUUUACUACGUUUCUGAUUCAUGAGUGUGAGGCUCCCACUGGCUAAGAAAGUAUUAAUGGCAUACAGUAAUUAUAGAACAGGUAUCUCACAGUUAUGGUUAUAAUACAAAAGCAGAUUUAGCAUUCUGUAUUUUGUUCUGACUCUAAGGUUUGCUUUCAUGUUCAAAGAGGUGUUCAAUUAUUGUCACUCAUGUUGUAAUGUUUAACCUACAGUAAAAGCCACAGUGUUCCCUUAUGUACCCUCUACCCAUGUUCCUUUUGUUAUGCCCCUUAAACACCCCACCCCCUAGCUUUCAUUCUAAUAACCCCCUCUCAGAUGGGGUCCCUCCCAAAUGUACAUGAAAAACAAAGCCCUGGGGGAUUAAUAGAGGUUCACAAUAAUGUUUUUAUUUCAGCAACAAUCUGCAUGUGAAAGAGUGAUAAAACGUGAUAUAGCCAGAACAUUUCCAGAACAUCCAUAUUUUCAACAAGAGGAUGGCCAGGGACAGCAAGGAUUGUAUAAUGUUAUCAAGG